CUCUGGGCCACAGCAACUCGCUCCAAGUUCCCUCCCUCGCGCUCCGCGAAGCCCGCCUGAGCCCUCCCACUCGGUGCAGACAGAACCAUCGCGGCCGCCGCCAGCCGGGCCCUCCACGGCCUUGCGUCCCGAGCCCCCUUGGCUAACCGGGUCAGCUCUUUAUCCGUGGCCCCGCGGAGGCGGCGCGAGGACUCGGCUGCCCCUGCGGCCCGCGCUCGGCCCUCCGGCGGCGCCGGCGGCCCGGACCCCCUUCCUGGCGGGCCCGACCUUCCUCCCUGCAGUCCCCAGGAGCUUGGCGCCCGGCUGGGGCCGCACUGCCCGGGGCCGGGGAGCGCGGCUGAGAAAUCCCCGGUUGGACAUCCAGAGCACCUACCCUGUUCUUUCUGCAUCUUGAAUUGAACGUUACCAGGACUCUCUGAGGUCUGAAAGGGAAAUAAAAGAUAUUACGUGCUGCAGAGAGUGACUGAAGAUAGAACGGACUCCCUGUGACACCUGCCUCACAUCCAUAAAAUACUCCUUCCUCUUCCAAGUAUUUGGAAGUACAUGGAUUUGAAGACAAUAUUAAAAAGUGAACAUCUGGGGCGCCUGGGUGGCUCAGUCGUUAAGCGUCUGCCUUCGGCUCAGGUCAUGGUCCUGGAGUCCUGGGAUUGAGUCCCACAUCGGGUCUCUGCUCGGCAGGAAGCCUGCUUCUCGCUCUCCCACUCCCCCUGCUUGUGUUGCUACUCUUGCUAUCUCUCUCUCUGUCAAAUAAAUAAAUAAAAUCUUUAAAAAAAAAAAAAAGUGAACAUCUUUGCACUUUAAUGAGAAGUACGGUCUGGUUGGGGAAUGAAAUGGUGUUUUCUGACAGGCCAAAUGGUAUAGGGCAAGCAAUGAGCGCCCUGGGAAUUUUGGGGAGAGAGAGUUUUGCAGGAUGGCCUCCCAAAGGAUGCCAUGUCAAGAGGGCAGAACAUAAAUGCCAGCCAAGGGACAGACUGAGAGAAGGGGACAGGUGUUGGCAGACAGCCAAGCAGCCUCGGGAAUGUGUGUGCUCCGUGGAAGGUACUGCUGGGUACUUUGCCCCACGUCCAUAACACCCCAGGAUUCCUUCCUGGUCUCCAGAGCUGAUGGAGAGCCCAGAGACAUCCUAGAACCAGACCCCCAUCUUCCCAUGAAAAAGCCAAGGAAGUGGAUGAACAGUCGUCAAGGUCCAGUGGUUCCUCCCUUUUCCAGAGCGGUUGAAAGUUCAGUAUCACCAAAUGAGGACAUUAGGAAUGUUUAGGAAGUUGGAGAGAGCUCUCCAGUUGACUCAGGUCUGUCUGCAGUGACUUAUGGAGUGGUAAAGAGCAACCUUCCUAAGAACACAGUCUUAACCUCAGUGCCAUAUUCCUGAGUGACUACAUGCUUUGAUUUGAUUAAUAACCUUCCUCGAGCCUCCUUUCCGGCAUCCAUAUGUAAUGGGCCAUUGCCUAUAGAGUAUCUAAUGCAUUGUAUGGUUUGUUAUUAUUGCAUCAUGCAUGACCUUGUUGGGUAGAUGUUACCACUCUCCAGGAACCUCAGAAUCCAGUUUAGGCUGACAGGUAAGGACCAGCCUAGGCCAGGUAGAAUUCUGCAAUCCAUGGAAAGAGAGGCAUUACAGAAAAAGCCAACAAUUCCCCUUAGUGAUAUACUCUGAAAUCCAUCACUCAUCACCAUAGGACCUUAUCUUCUGAUCUCAGAUUUCAGAAGUUCUGAAAUGAAAGCCCUGGGCUCCUGUUGGCUGGAGGGAACACCCCAUCUGCCAUCCCCAGGUCUGAGAUUGCAGAGCUGCACCUGAGCACAGCUCUGCCUGCAGUCGAGCACAAAGACCUGGAGGAGACUCCCACAUCCUUCGGGGGAAGAAAGGAGGCAGCUAAGCAGAUUAAAGGAACUUGUGGCUUGUGGCCUUUGGGAAAGGGGGAAAGUGAAUUAGAGGCCCGGUGCGAGUUAAUGAGCUGUGAGAUGAGGCGCCGCUGCCGCUGCUGACACCCAGGUUCCAGGCUCCGUCCGCUGCCCUUUGUGCUUCAUGUACAUGUGUCUAUUCAGCGCAUCCGGAGGCGCCCAGACCAGAAUCCAACACGGCUGCCGGGGAGAGACCACCCACCAUGCCCACGGAGACCCUACAGACAGGUAGCAUGGUGAAGCCGGUCAGCCCCGCGGGCACCUUCACCUCGGCGGUCCCCCUGCGCAUCCUCAACAAAGGGCCCGACUACUUUCGCAGGCAGGCCGAGCCCAACCCCAAAAGACUCAGCGCCGUGGAGAGGCUGGAAGCGGACAAGGCCAAGUAUGUCAAGAGUCAGGAGGUCAUCAAUGCCAAGCAGGAGCCCGUGAAGCCGGCCGUGCUGGCCAAGCCCCCCGUGUGCCCGGCCGCCAAGCGCGCCCUGGGCAGCCCCACGCUCCGGGUGUUCGGCAGCCACGCCAAGACCGAGAGUGGCGUGCAGAGGGAGAACCUGAAGCUCGAGAUCCUGAAAAACAUCAUCAACAGCUCCGAGGGCUCCAGCUCGGGCUCGGGGCACAAGCACAGCUCCCGGAACUGGCCGCCCCACCGGCCAGACUCCACCGACCUGCAUCGGCACUCCUUCGCCGAGUCCCUGAAGGUGUACCCCACGCAGGGCCGCGGCAGCCCGCAGGAAGGCGGCUCCCACGUGGGCAGGAGGCUCCUGGAGCAGUCGGCCGAGUCCUUUCUCCAUGUCUCCCACAGCUCCUCGGACAUCCGCAAAGUGACCAGUGUGAAGCCCCUAAAAGCGAUCCCCUGCAGUAGCUCCGCCCCUCCUCUGCCUCCCAAACCCAAGGUCGCGGCCAUGGCCACCGUGAAGUCCCCUGAAGCCGACCCGGGGGAACCAGCCUGCGGAGUCAGCCGGAGACCCUCGCUCCAGCGGUCUAAGUCGGACUUGAGUGACAGGUAUUUCCGCGUGGACGCAGACGUGGAGAGGUUCUUCAACUACUGCGGACUGGACCCCGAAGAGCUGGAAAACCUUGGAAUGGAAAACUUUGCAAGGGCUAAUUCCGACAUCAUCUCCCUCAACUUCCGCAGCGCAAGCAUGAUCAGCUCAGACUGCGAACAGUCUCAGGACAGUAACAGUGACCUUAGAAAUGAUGACAGUGCCAAUGACCGGGUGCCAUAUGGCAUUUCUGCCAUCGAAAGAAAUGCUAGGAUCAUCAAGUGGUUAUAUAGCAUCAAACAAGCUAGAGAGUCACAGAAGGUCUCCCACGUGUAAGACAAAGUGCGUGCAAAGGAGGGAGGGGUGGGUCUCUGUGCAUCCGCAGUCGUGAAGGUUGUGAGGUCUCCUUGAAGUGUUGUGAGCUUCUCCACUCUCUUUGUGUUGCUUGUUGUGCAAUGUUUCCAAGUUGCAUGCCUGUCAACAUGGGGACUGACCUGGCUUCCACGUGAACCAUCGCUGCAGAGCCUGGCUGAACACAACGCCGUCUGCCAAGAGUUUCGGGCCAGAAUCCGAUUAGGGCUUCGAUCUUAAGCAAAACUGUUUACACGAAAAACGGUAUACAACUUCUUCAAUAUUUAUGUGGUUCUUGUGUUUUUAUAUCCCGCGCUCUUGUGUCUUAAUUAAAAGUUUUAUCAACUGGCUUUUAAGUUGAGAGUAGAAUCUUUUUGAAAUAAAAAGCCAAUUUGCCUACAUGUGAGCCCGAAACAAUGGGGAAAAAACCAGUGGGAUCUGCUACCAAACAGAUACAGUGACUGACCUAAGAUAGAGAACCACGCUGGGUUUUCUGAGGAAGAAAGCGGUGAGCCUGAUGUUAAAUUAAUCAUUUGCAUAUUGGAAUUCUCCUGCCACUUACUAAAGUGAUGGUUGGGGCAACAGUGCUACGUUUUGUGUCCGAUUAAGUGUGUAAAUGUUGGUGCUCUGUGUAAUACCCCAAGGAAAGACAAUCAGAAACAAUGAAGGUGAUUAAAUCUAGGAGUUUGGGGGUUGGGGGUUUUGUUGAUGUUGUUCUCUGAUUUGGGUUGAUUCCGAAAUUUCUACUAUUAAUCUUUUGACGGGAAUGGCCAUCCUAAAGCUGAUACUAAAUGUCUUAAAAAAAAAAAAAGUUGUUUGUUUUUUUGAUCAAGAACUAGUUCUAUGCUGACUCUCUUCCCUCUCUCCUUCCCUCCCUGUGUUGUUGAUUUAUUUGGGAGAGGCGGGUGGGGCUUGUGCGGGGGUGAGCUAUCCGAAGACAUGAACACAAAUGGAAAUACCAGCCAUAUCAGUAUAGAGCCUCCCAUUCAAAAGCGAAUACCUUUCGUAGCCGAACCAUAUCUGAGCAGUGCGAUCGUAUUGUCUUGCAUAUGUUAUUCUUCCAGGCUGUGGACCUUUGUUACAGCUCUAGGAAACUGUAGAAACAUGAUGCUUUUCCACCCUUUGGUCUCUAGUGCUGCAUAUCGACUCGUUCCCGUUUUCCCCAGUAACCUGUCUUGCAGGUGCCUCGUUAGCUGUGGACCAGCUGACGGUGGUGUGUGGUAGCCGAGAGGUAAAAACGUGUAGCGGUCUGCUGCAUUGAUCCGUACUCAUGCUCUGAAGUUCUCAGCCGCACUACCUUAGACUUCAUCAGCUAAUGGGGAACUUUUUAUGGUGUAAAUGCUGUAAGACUUUGUACAUACUUCAGUUGUUACGAAAUCUUUAAGAAAAAAGAAAAAGUUACGCUAAUAAAUAGCUCUGGUGCAGGCA